AUGCCACCUAAGAAGGCUAAAGCCACAGAGGCAACAAAGCAGCAUGUUGUAGUCAAUGAAUAUGUCGAAGCUACGGAAGUAUUGGAAUCUAAAGUGGAAACACCAAAGGCCUGUAUUGAUAAGGAUAGUGGUGAAAAGGUUAAAGGACCAUUAUUAAAUACAGAGACGGUGAUCGUAGGUACCAAUGAAGCCGACGUAGUAGAAAUUCGAGAAGAAUCAGAUAGCAACGAGCCAAAACAAAGGAACUAUGAUGAUGAAUUAACACAUGAUAAAGAACUAAGGUUUGAAAUGGCGGUUAAUGCAAAACAUGAAAGAUCUAUAUGUAUGGAAGAAUUUCGAAGGGAACUUAGUAUGUUACAGCAUCUAACAAAGGAUUUCGAAACAAAACCAGAAAAGGUAAAUGCAAGAAGGGACAGGUAUGAACAAACAUUUCAUAAAUUUGUUAUUAGUCACGAGAAUUAUAUGCAGCAUGAAGAUGACAUAGAGAAGAAAGACUUAAUGACUGACAAUUAUAAUGAUCAACGCGAUGUCAAACUACAACUAGAUUACAUGGUAGAUCUGUGGCAAACCAAUCGAGAAAGAUAUCUAAAGCUGCCAUCAGAAUCUGGAUAUAGUUUGGCAUCUCGUAAAAGCAGAAGUAGUCGAACAUCUAGUAGAAGCAGUGUGAAAGAAAGAAAGAAAGAAAGAAAGAAGGAAGGAAGGUUAUGGAAGAGGCAAAGUUGAAAAUGCAGACCUUAAAGGAGAAACAGGAGCUAGAGCGCCAACUUGAAGUAACUGAGCAAAGUAAGACGGAGCUUUCCAGGAAGAUUAAAUUACUGAAUGCUGAAGCAGAGCUAAAGCAGGCAAAGAUUGAUUUUGUUAUUGAUCAGAUUCCAGAUGACGAAGGUGUCGAUGGUAUGAAUGAAUACCUACGAGACUUUCAAGGUCCAACUUGCCCUGAAAAAUCCGAAAUUCCCUACCCCAGUCAACCUAAAUUUGUCCCUGAGUACCCACCAACCCCCCAUUCUCCAGCAGCACAGGUACAACCACCUGCACCAUUGCUCCAUAACCAUCCUAGCUCUGAACCCAGACCGUAUGUACCCAACCUAGCGACAACUGAGUCGGACAGAUUUGAUAUUCCCAAAGUAGGACUAGAUGUCACGAGGAAUGAAUUUUAUCCAAAUGCUAAUCACGAAGCCACAAAUACCUUGCAAGAAGAACCAGCACCGCCACCCCAACCGCAGCUAGAUGUAUGGAACUCCAUAGCACAGGCCAUAAAGGAAGGCCCUUCUUUACCCAAAAUAGAGCUCAUGAUCAUGAGAUUCGGUGGUGACCCCCUGGAAUAUGUAGAGUUUGUGACAAACUUUAAAGAUAACAUAGAGUCCCAAGUUUCUGAUGACUCCCAGCGGUUCACUCACCUGUUAGCGCAGUGUGUCGGCAAAGCGAAGGAUGCAAUCCGAAGUUGCGUCAACCUUGAUGUCGGCCAGAGAUAUAAGGAAGCAAAGAGUUGUCUUCUUGAGAACUUUGGCCAGCCUCACAUUAUAGUAGAAGCUCAUAUGAAAAAGCUCAGAGAACUUCAAAUUAGAAAAUCUGAUGCGAAUGCCUUGAUGGAGUUCGUGCAUCACCUAGAAGAUUCUGAGAGAGCAUUAAAGAGCAUGGGAUCCAGCUACUCCAAUCGGUUAGACAAUGAAGAUGUAAUAGUUAUGUUGAUGAGGAAACUCCCCGAAGAUGGCUUAAAGAGGAAGUGGGUGGACAGAGCUGGAGACCUUAUCAAGAGCAAAGACUAUGUACAAUUCGAUGACUUUGUAAAUUUCUUGAAGAAAGUGGCAGGGCGUAUAAACAACAGGUAUGGGAGAGAGCUUAAGCAAGCCAAUGAAGACAAGAAAUUUCAGAACAGGUCAAGAUUCGAGCAGCAAAGGAGAGUUAACGCAAACGCAAUUCGAGGUGGUUUGAAUAAGGAAGAUACACCUGUAAGAACUGGUCGUAAGUGCCCCCAGUGCUCUGGACCACACGGUGUCUGGAGGUGCCAAGUAUUCAAGUCAUGCACCUUAAAGGAUCGUCUGAGAACUGUGAAACAACACAAACUUUGCAGAAUAUGUCUCGGCGAAGGCCAUUUUGCGAGGUCAUGCAAAAGUGGAUUCACCUGCCGUGUAGCCGGAUGCGGAAAACAUCACCAUUAUCUAAUCCAUGAUAAUCAAGACGCUAAAGGGGAACACUCCACCAAUCAAGAUAACGAGAUGCAAAGUCACGACGGUUUAAAGAAGGAUGCUGGGACCCAAAGUAUUACAGCCGAUGAUAGACAGAAUCAGGUAAAUCUAUAUAUGUCUACACCAACCCUACCAGUGACAAGGAACUUGUUACGUACGCAUUUUUAGACAGUGGAUCCGAUACGACUCUUUGUCUGGAAAGUUUAGUUGAAGAGCUAUCAGUGAUUGAUGCGAAACCGGCUAAAUACACUAUGACGACAGCGAACUUGCAACAACAGAAGGCAGGCUAUGAGGUACGGUUGGACAUCGAAUCGGUAUCGAGCAGUGAAAAGUUCCAGCUUGAAGGUGUACUAACCACAGACAGCUUACCAGUGACUCCGAGACACGUAGCGACCAACAAAGAAGUUCAAGAGUGGCCUCAUCUGCAGGACAUUGUCUUACCCGAAACUGGAGAUGAACAGGUUACCAUUUUGAUAGGAAGUGAUCGACCUGAUAUAAUUGAUAAUUUUCUCGACCGAAGAGAUGGAACAAAAGGGCAACCAUGUGCAGUUAAGACACCUCUAGGAUGGACAGUGUAUGGUCCAAUGGGAGAACCUCGAUGCGAGCAAGUGUCCAUUAAUUCCGUUAG